AUGAAGCCCGUUCAGCUCUAUACCGCCGGCACGCCCAAUGGGCAGAAGGUCUCGAUCAUGCUCGAGGAAAUCAAAGCACUCAACCCUUCGUUCGAGUACGAGACGCAUGCUAUCGACAUGAGCAAGAACGAGCAGAAGGAACCCUGGUUCCUCAAGAUGAACCCUAACGGAAGGAUUCCUACCAUCCUUGACCCUAACAACACUGCCACUGACGGCAAGGGCUUUGCUGUCAUGGAGAGCAUGGCUAUCAUGCUCUAUCUCGAGAAGAAGUACGACGAUAACCACCUCUUCUCGUGGCCUAGUUCCGACCCCAAAGCAGACAACUAUCGCAAUCUCGUCUUGCAGUGGAUGGGAUGGCAAAUGGCCGGCCAGGGGCCCAUGCAAGGUCAAGCCAACCACUUCCGUAUGCAAGCCACUGGCGACUCGAAGAACGUCGUUCCCUAUGGCAUCAAGCGAUACCACGAUGAGACUGUCCGACUCUACACGGUCCUUGAAGCCGGUCUUGAGGGCCGCGACUACCUAGUUGGUGAUGGCAAGGGCAAGUACUCGCUUGCUGAUAUGAUCAUCUUCCCUUGGGCUCUCUGGUACCGUUUCGCCGGUGUCAGGAAUGAUGAGGUCGGACCCAACGUCAAGGCUUGGAUCGAGAGAAUCAAGCAGCGACCCGCUGUUCAGAAGGGUCUUGAGGUUCCCACCAAGUCUGAGCUCUUGAAGAAUCUUGACGACCCCAACUGGAUGCCUGCUAUGCCUGAGAUCUAA